AUGGCCCUCUCUACUGCCGGCGACGUGGCUAUGCCGGAGCUUGAGAUGAUAAGGAUGGAGGAGGUGUUGGAUCACGAGCCCGUCGCCGCGUUCCACCCGGGCCUGGUUGGCCAGCGGUGGAGCUGGUCGUGCAUGGUUUUGGAGAUGGCCGACACCGUGGGGCAUGAACUGGUGCCCCACGCUGCCGUGGUCACCGGAGCGGGAGACGUCACCAUGGGAGGAGGCGUUCACUUCCUUCGGCACCAAGCUCUCUCCCGCAAAGAUGUCUACGGUGACCAGAGGCUCGCCGCCUUCAAGUGCUGCUCCAAAGAGGCUGCCAUGGCCGGAGCCAAGGCCGCGGCUGUCGCCACCAUCGCUGCCGCAGUCUCCACCCUGGCGAGCGUGAGGAUGCUGCCAUGGGAGAGUGCGCACCUCAACCCGACCGGGCAGGCGCUCAUCAUCUCCACCGUCGCCGGGAUGGCCUACUUCAUCAUCGCCGACAAGAUCAUCCUCUUAAUGGCCAGGAAGCACUCCUUCGAGGACGCGCCAGACCACCUUAAGAACACCUUCUUCCACUGA